AUGGUUGAUAAGGGUAAUAGAAAAGGAACAUCUAAUUCGUCGAGUGGUUCUGGCUCGAGUCCAGGGUCGAAGUCCCAUACUAGACCGAGUCUUUCAAAGAUACCAGAGGUGAUUGAUCCUGGUAUUACGGUGCCAAUUUACGAAGAGGAUAUUGUUGACGACCAAGAACAGAUAAGUCUGGAGGAGCAGCCCCAGAAGCUUGGAUCUUACAGAGCUAAGGCAGGGCGGUUUUCCAACACACUAUCCAACUUGCUUCCUAGUAUUAGUGCGAAAUUGCAUCAUAAUAGAAAGGGUGCUGGUGGAACUGGAAAAAAUGUUGUGAGUGUUGUAGAUUCCGAGCCGUUGACGGAGCAACACUCAACUUCUGUUGAAAUGACGGGGAGCAUUACUCCACCGCAUGAUUUACAGAAUGUGAUUAGUCUUCCUGAUUCUACAUAUGGUAUUACUCAGCCUAGGAAUUCUAAUGAAUCUUACACGUAUGGCAAUAAUGGUUAUAAUGGUCAUUUACAGCCUACGACUUCUAACGGUAUAUCCAGAACUAGGAACAAUACGGUAUCAUCACAAAUAACGUCUCUGUCGAGCAUUGCAGCGGCGCCUAUAGCAACGUCUAAUUCGGGUAACAUCUGGACGAAUUCUACUGCUAGUCCUGCUGAUACUAUAAACAACAUGGUUUCCACACAAUUCAAUCCGAUUCCACUUCCUGAUUUUCCUCAACCAAAUUUUUACGAUGUGCUUGCUCAACAGCCGCAACAGUUACAGCAGUCACAAACAACUACUUCUCUGUCUGUUCCACAUGGUAGUGGGAAUUUUUGGGAUAAGAGGACUAGGUCACAAUCGAAUGCCUCGAGUAUAUACGCGGAUGCUCAGUUAUUUGACCCUUCUGGCGUUCAGCCUGCUGCACAACCGGGUCGGUCUAGAGCAUCUACGUUUGCAUCCACUACUCAACCUCCGAGUAUUGUGAACAAUAGUAUUCUUCCUUCAGGUCCGAUUAUUCAAGAUGAAGUUGACCCUAGGUCGUUGAAUUGGGUUUCCACCGAUCCAGCUGUACCAACCAUAAACCAAAUAUCCCAUUUAUUGCCAUCCAAUACCAUAUCAAUUUCCAAUGUAUAUCCCUUACAACAACAACAACCUCAUUUGUCUAACGCUGUCAACUUAACCAGUGCAAGCCUAGCUACCCUAUGCUUGAACUUUGGUAAGGUUCUUUCUGCGAGAACUAUGAAGACCGUGAACAUGGCUAUUGUAGAGUUUGACACGGUUGACGCUGCUGUGCGUGCAAAGGAUGCGCUAAAUGGCAAGGAGGUGUCUUUAGUGGGUGCACCUAGCGCAAUUCACUUUGCAAAGGUGUUACCCAUGCAUCAGCAAGUUAAUGUUAUCCCUCCUAUGCCUUCAAAUUCCAAUGGCUUACAAUCGUUGUUGCAGGAACAAUUGUUUUCUGGUGCUGUGACCUUUCAGCAGCAGAAUGGGAUCGCUAUUCCAGUUUUUAAUUCUAAUGGAUUGAAUGCUCAGCAACAGCAGCCACCAUCACAUCAAUCGCAGGGGCAAACACAGGUCUCGAACCACCCUAACGCAACUCAUUCGUUAAGUUCGCUUUCUCAUACCCAACCAGAUAAAGAACAUUGUCCAUUCCCACUGCCACCAACUGAUAUUAAAGAACAGGUUUCUUUAUUGGAAGAUCUUAUUAAAUCUUUCAAAAUUGAACAUGACGAUAGCAAAAUCAAACAUAUUAUUUCUAAUGCCCUCGCUUAUCAUGGUACUGGUGACACUACUGACUUUGGUCCGUUGCCUGAACCAUUACCACAUCGUGAGUUUGAUGCCCCGAAGCUACGUGAGCUAAGGAAACUCAUUGAUGCUGAUAAUAUAACAGACUUGGAAAUUGAGCAGCUCUCAAUUGCUAUGCUAGAUGAACUACCUGAAUUGAGUUCAGAUUAUCUCGGUAAUACUAUUGUUCAGAAAUUGUUUGAACAUUCAUCGACCAUAGUGAAAGAUAUUAUGUUAAGACGGACAAGCAAAUACCUAACAUCUAUGGGUGUUCAUAAGAACGGUACUUGGGCUUGUCAAAAAAUGACUACGAUGGCUGACACACCCAGGCAAAUGGACAUGGUAGCUAGAGGGGUUUACAAGUACUGCACACCAUUAUUCAAUGAUCAAUUUGGCAAUUAUGUUAUUCAAUGUGUUUUAAAGUUCGGGUUUCCAUGGAAUAACUUCAUUUUUGAGAGUAUUGUCUCCAAUUUUUGCACGAUUGUGCAAAAUCGGUAUGGUGCGCGUGCCGUUAGAGCCUGUUUGGAAGCUCACGAUAUAAUUACACAGGAGCAAUUAUUGGUUCUAAGCGGCAUGAUACUUCUGUAUGCGGAGUAUUUGGCCACAGACAGCAAUGGUGCUUUAUUAGUGACUUGGUUUUUGGACACUUCUUCUUUAUUAAAUAGACACUCUAUUUUGACUGAGAAGUUGCUUCCUCAUAUUGUUGAGCUAUGUUGCGAUCGAUUGGCAUCGCUGACAAUCUUGAAGAUUUUGAACUUCAGAAGCGAUGAAAAUGCAAAAAAGAUCAUCUUGGACACUGUGUUCGGUUCUUCAGAAGAUGCUAAACCACCACCUCAAAUAUUAUAUCAAAUUUUGAGUGAUACAAACUACGGUUCCACUUUUGUUUACAAGGUUCUUUCUACUCCAUUACUAGAAGGCGAUGUCAGAAAUCAUGUCAUUCAGCAAGUACGUCUAGUUCUGUCAGAGCAUAGUGGCCCUCAACAUCGCCGUCUCAUGGAAGAGGUUGGAUUUGCUGCUACAAACAACGGAAGUUCUUCAGGUACUAACAAUGCAACGCCCUCCAAACACCGGCCCACACUCUCACAUGUGUUCACUGAUAAUUCCGGGCAUAUGAGAACUGUUUCUGUUAGUAGCAACCGUAGUACAGGUUCCAUUCCUAGGACUUUGACUAGCAGUCAGUCUCAAUCCACUUCUACUGCCCAACCAAGUUCAAACGGAACUUUAUGUUGUUAUAACUAUCCUGGAACGUUCCCAGGAAACUCUGGCUCAUAUUCCAUGGGUACAGAGGAUUUAACCUCCCAAUUCGAUAUGUUGACAUUGAACAACAAUACACAGAUAUCCCUACCACUAUUAAGCAUGAACAACCAAAUGAAUGGCAGCACUAACAACAGCUAUGCGAACACCAAUGGGACGUUUGGUUAUUAA